AUGGAGGGGGAUGAAUGCAGUCCGCUGGAGGGGAAGUCGUGGUCAAGGGUCGCAUCCAAUGUUCCAGAUCCGCCAAAGUGCAUCGAGGAAUGCCGGGCGCGGUUUCUUCGGGACGUGGUACAGGGCUAUGAUGACUCGAGACUGCCGGAGGUGUGCGGGAUUCUGUCAAAGAACGACGGGGCGCAGGAGCGGUUGUGGGAUCUAUAUUGCUGCAACUCGUCGGCGUGCGGGGUCAAGCCCGAGAUGGGACAGGAUCCCGGUGUCAACUGGAUCGUCAACCGGUGCCAAAGUCACGGAAUUCAAGACCCAGGGCCCCCGUCGUUGGGACAUAUCUGUCCAGUCAUCGGACCUCCAGGCGAUUGUGCGAAAGGGUUGUUCUACAGCGACGGCAGACCGCACCCAACUCCAUACGCAACGCAGUCGCAGGGCUUCUGGGCGACGCCCACUUCAGCUUCAAUGACUUCGUCGGUUUCCGCAACCCGGUCUGGCCACUCUGCCUCCGGGACCUCGAGCGCAUCCAACCUGAAGCAGUCAGACGAGGACCAACCCAGCGGCAGUCUACCUCUGGGUCCUAGGAUAGCCAUCGGCGUCUGCGGCGCCGUCGUUUUACUCGCCAUCGUGGCAGUCGCAAUCUGUCUGUACCGAAGGCGCUCUCGACGGGGAUAUACGCAGAGCAUCAAGAGCGAGAUAAAACACAACCCACUUCCCCAGGCGUGCUCGCCGACACCUCUCAUCUCACCCACGGCUUCAACGCACGAGAACAUACACAACCCGGUCCCCCUCACGCCACCGCCUCGUCUGAAAGAGCGCAGAAUACUUCCCACGCUUCUGACCCCGACAUCUUCCGAGUUUGGAGGCUCGUUUCCAGGCACACCCGUCAGCAACCUCAACUCGAGCACGAGCAGCUUUCCGCAGCCUCCUUUCGUGACCCAAAGAAACAGCAGCUUCUCGUCGAGGCACCACCGCCCAACCAAGUCUCUGGUCAACCCGCCAUCGACAAUCUUCCAGGGGAAGGAGCUGAAGACCGCGAGCAUGAGCAGUGCGACCACCGGCCGCACAGCCAGGACGGUCUCUAACACAUCGAGCGGCUUUCCUUACCCAGUACCAUCAUCACCAUCACGGCCUGCUCGUCCGCAUGAGAUGCCGCUUCGCAUACCGGAUCUCGUCUGUCCCGGCCCGCCACCCAACCGCGCACUUCCGCCACCACCGCCGCCAGUCAGCCCCGUCAGUCCGAUCGCGUUAUUACGGCAACACUCCACGGACAACGGACACAACGUCAGCAUGGCUCUGGCCGCGGGGUUCAUACCACCGCGGAAUCCUGCGAGAGGAGUUGUCUUGGGGAAGGACUCCAGAGACUUCUGCGAUUUGACGGAAAGCUAUGCGAGGGAGUCCAAAGAUAGAGAUAGCUGGGGAAGCUGGAGUAUCGGGGCCGGUGGAACGAUACUUGGGUCGAGUUCCAUCCAGAGGGGAGGGGAGAGGGUGAAUAGUCCUGUGCUGGAAGAGGCAGACCUGGAGAGGAUGGGAGGGAGAUAUUGA